AUGCAGCUGGCUAAGAGGAUCAAUGCGAGCAUCGCAGCUUUCCUUCAGAGGAACCCGGGCAAGGCUGUCACGUACCAGGAUGUCUCGGCUGAGAUCCUUCGGAGCCGCUCGCCGCAUGCGGCUGCUCUACCCUCCAUCUUCGGUUUCGUCAUGAAGUGUGGUGGCGGCACAGGCGAGACGAGCUUUCUGUCGAAGACAGAGCGGUAUGUUCGAGCUUCGGGGUUUCCGAAUCGAGCCCUCGGCGGCGACCUGUGGCAUGGCCUUUCGCAGGACUGCAAGGGCAGCGAUCAGCAUGUAGCAUGGAGACACAUGUGCAUCAAGUUGGGCCUGAGCGGCCCCGAAAAGGCCAUCAGCUUGACAGACAUCAAGCGAUCACUCUCAGCAAAGGAGGUUCUCCCCAAUGUGAAGAAAGCCGAAGCCGUGCUUUUCGAGGUGCAGCGCCUGUUGCAUGGUUUCGACAACGUGGAGGCGGUGAUAGGGGACCUCGAGGUUGACAUGGCCGCCCUUGUGCUGCAGAAGAAGAAAAUUGCCAAGCACGACAGCAUUGAGGAUGCUGCCGGGACGUGCCUUGGAAAGUUCGGACUCUUCGUAUCUUCAACGAGGGUUGCGGAUUUGGGGAGUUUGCGGGUCUACGACGACACAGGGAAGCUUGUGUCGAACUCGCGAGUCGUGGACCUGGGAUUUCAGCCUGGGAAGGAAGUGAUCCGACGAGCCGACGACAUGAAGGCCACCAUCAUCGAGAUCUCCGCCGACAAGGUCCGUUUGAAGCUGCAAGAUGGCAAGGAAUACGAGGCAUCCUCAGAGGCUUUCGUGGAGAACAAGUGGAAGAUGUAUGUGCCCAAGAUAGAGCCCGUGUUGUUCAAGGGAUGGAGCAAGUUUUCCCCUUUGAGAAGUGAGGAGUUCAGCAUUGCAGUGAUCAAGGGCCUGGUUUUCAGGUCCAUGUACGAGCAGUACGAGACGUUGCACGUCGAUGACCUUGAUGUCUUCCUCAAGCCGGGCAAGAAUGUGCAGGUGAAGAAGGGCUACAACAUCAACAUCUUGAAGCUCCCCAUCGCAACGGCCAAAGUUCAUGUUGGUGAUACGGUGCCCGCCGGAGCAGUGCAGUUGGCUGCUUUGGCUGCAGGACCAAGCAACAAAACGACCCACCUCAUGUCCAUGCAGGCUUACUUUCAAGGUCCCAAGACCGAGUCCUCGCCGGGCUUCAUCAAUCCAGUAUGGGUGAUGAAGAGCACAUCGGAUCGCGAUGAGGCCAACAUGGAGCUGCAUUGGGCGAGCAAAGCCUCUAGCAACCAGAAGCUGACGUGCAAAUCCACAACGAUGAUCCUCCCGAUAGUCCGCAAUUUUGUCAAGCUCGAUGCAGGCGACAGCUUGGUGCUAUGGAGGCCCGACAUGGCCAAGAACGAAGAGAUCGAGGUUCUGCAGCCGGUGAGCAAGAAGGCCCGAAAGUAA